AUGCCCGGUCCACAGAACCGAGGCACAAAAGAGAAGGGAGGGAAACCAGAUGAGGAAGAAACACAAGCCAGUGUGGCUUCGGAUGCCUUGCUGUCACUUGUCAGAGCUGCAGUGGACUGUCCUUCUAACCCAGAAGCUGCUCUGAGAAGCCUUCAUCAAUUCCCUGUUACUUCCUAUGACUGCUUUCCUGCUGUACAAUCCCAAUCCUUUGCCAAUGGUUUUGCAGAUAGUGUGGCUGGUGACGAGUUCAAGGUGCUGGGCCCUGGCGAGUCCUUGAUGGCCCUUGUCGGGGAAACGGUGGAGUUCCCGUGCCACUUGUCACCAUACCAGGAUGCAGAGCACAUGGAGAUCCGCUGGUUCCAGACCCAGGUCUCAAACGUGGUGUACCUGUACCAGGAACAGCAGGGGCUCUCCAGCCCGCAGAUGAUGCAGUUCCGCAACAGGACCAUUUUCGAAGCUAACGACAUUGCAGAUGGUAGCGUGAUCCUACAUAUCCUCAGCGUGGUUCCUUCCGACGAGGGCCAAUAUGGGUGCCGCUUUCUUUCUCACAACUUCUCUGGUGUAGCCACGUGGGAACUGGAAGUAGCAGGGUUAGGCUCAGACCCACACAUCUCCCUUGAGGGCUUCAAGGAAGGAGGCAUUCAGCUGCGAUGCAGUCCAAAGGCUCAGUGGAGAGACCACCAGGGGCAGUGCCUUCCUCCAGAGUCUGAAGCCAUUGUCCAGAAUGCCCAGGGCCUGUUCAGUCUGGACACAUCUGUGAUUGUUCGAGGAGGGGCUCAUAGCAAAGUAUCUUGCUCAAUCCAGAACCCCUUGCUGGCCCAGAAGAAAGAGUUUGUGCUCCAGGUUGCAGACGUAUUCCUACCCAGAACGUCCCCCUGGAAGAAAGCGUUCCUGGGAACCCUGGUGGCUCUCCCACUCAGUCUGGCUGUGCUCACCAUCCUGGCGCUGCAGUACUUCUACAAGCAGCGAUGCUCCCAAGAGAAGCUGAAGAAGCAGGGAGAGAAGGACAGAGAAAGACUGACUGCACGGUUGGAAAGACUUCAGACAGAGCUUGACUGGAGAAGGUCGGAAGGCCAGGCUGAGUGGAGAGCAGCCCAGCGAUAUGCGGUGGACGUGACUUUGGAUCCCACCACAGCGCACCCUAGCCUGGAGGAGUUCUAUGUGUUUGCAGAUUACUCUCAGAUCACAGCCUAA